AAUCAGUUUACACCGGUCGGUCGAGCAGUGAAAAUGUUUGAUUUUCUGUUUUCCGUCGGCAUAUUGGGCAUUAUUGUGCUUUUCGCCAUUCUUUAUAGGGAAAGGUAUAAACGGUUAAUCCAACACAUCGACAAAUUCAAAGGACCAAAAAAGAUUCCAAUUUUGGGCAAUGUAUUGCAACUGGGAUUCACUCCAGAUGCCUAUUUGAAAAAUGUUAUGAAAUGGUACAAACAAUUUGAUUAUAAGAACUUCUAUGUUUGGAUCGGGCCGAUUCCAUUUAUCUUACUAGUUGAAAGUAAGUUCGUUGAGCAUGUCCUUAGUAGCAAUACCUUGACUUACAAAGAGGAUCCGUACUACUUGAUGUAUCCCUGGCUGGGAAGGGGUCUGCUCACUUCCAAUGGACAUCAAUGGUUGUUGCGCCGAAAGCUCAUAACUCCUUCCUUCCAUUUCAAGAUCCUAAAAGAGUUUCUUCAGGUGAUGAAUGAAACUAGUGGCCGAUUUAUUGAGCUGCUUUCCAGGGAGGCAGCUGGUUCCAAAGACCAGUUGUUGGACAUUCAAAAUUUAGUUCCCAGACUUACCAUAGACGUAAUUUGCGAAACCGCGAUGGGUACAAAGGUCAACAGCGUGGAAGGUCAGCCCUCUGAAAUUGUAGAAGCCAUUGGAGUUCUUUGCAAUAUAAUUCCCGAACGAGUGCUGUCGUGCCUAAAACGUAUUGAGUGGUUUUUUAUGUGCACUCCCAUGUAUUGGCAGCAGAAAAAAGCCUUAGCCACGCUAAGGAAAAACUUUGCAAAGAUCAUAGAAGAUCGUCGCCGACUUUUAGAGACCUUUCCGCCCAUUUCAAACGAUACUGAAGAAGAUGAAUUCACCAGCAAGCGUCCUAAAAUGGCUUUUCUUGACAAUCUCCUGACUGCAGAUGUGGAGGGUAAGCCUUUAAGUUUCGAGGACAUCUUCGAGGAAGUCUCUACCUUUAUGUUUGAGGGACAUGACACCACUGCCACGGCUAUUAUUUUUGGAAUCUAUUGCCUGGCCUGGACACCACGAGUUCAAAAAUUGGCCUACGAUGAACAAAAGCUAAUAUUUGGCGAGGAUAGCAACCGUCAUCCAACUUAUGAUGAGCUCCAAAAUAUGCCCUAUCUGGAUUUGGUGAUUAAGGAAACUCUACGUAUUUUUCCGAGUGUACCAUUUAUAUUCCGUACAGCUCCAAAUGAUACACAUCUUUUGGACAAGUUCUUGCCGAAGGGUACAGCUAUGGUUAUUCCUAUUUUUGGCCUGGGUCAUAAUCCUCAUAAUUUCGAUGAGCCGACCGAGUUCCGUCCGGAACGUUUUGCCAAUACUGACAGAACCAAAGUUAAUGUUUUUGAUAGUGUGCCAUUUAGUGCUGGAGCUAGGAAUUGCAUUGGCCAAAAGUUUGCACUACUUGAACUGAAAGUGAUCCUGUCGAAAGUAUUGCGUCGUUUUCAGUUACUACCAGCUCCUUUGGCCAAACAAAAUAUUGCGGAUAUAUUAAACCCUGAUUAUGAGCCCGGAAAACAAGAAGUUAAGAUGUAUGUGUCCAUCACCCUAAAAUCACUAACUGGAGUGCCAGUAAGACUGGUAGAGCGAAAGCUCCUGGGCGUCGAAGAUUUCCUGUGUUUCCGACAAGGAACUAAGCUUCUGGAUGAAUUGGCCACCCGUUCGUUGAAUCACUCGGAGAUAUCCCUCGAUGGCCGACCGUUCGAAGGCGGGGAGGUAGAUCUUUUGAUGCUUCAGCCACCGGGCACCGGAACUGGAAAAUACUCUCAUACUGCAACCCGAUCCCAGCGCGUCGCGAUCGAAAUGUGGGUCGUGCUUAUUUUGAUUCUGGCUCUGCCACUUUUGGCAGCAGCGUAUCUCCAGUUGACCACUUACCGUCGAAGGAAGGUUUUGAAGAAGUUCAAUGGACCGAAGGGCCUGCCCCUAAUUGGAAAUGCCCAUCAAAUGGGCAAGAAUCCUUCCGAAAUACUCGACCAGGUCUUUGCUUGGUGGCAUCAAUUUGGAAAAGACAAUUAUGUCUUCUGGAUAGGAUCCUACUCCAAUUUGUUGGUCACAAACCCCAAGUUCUUGGAGUAUAUACUCAGUAGCCAGACGUUGAUCUCAAAGUCCGACAUCUAUGACCUUACCCAUCCCUGGCUAGGACUGGGUUUGCUCACCAGCACUGGCAGCAAAUGGCACAAGCACCGCAAAAUGAUCACCCCUGCAUUCCACUUCAAUAUCCUGCAGGACUUCCAUGAGGUGAUGAACGAAAACUCAAGCAAAUUUAUCAAACACCUGCAAAAGGUAGCUGCCGGGGACACUAUCUUUGAUUUCCAGGAACAGGCCCACUAUCUGACCCUGGAUGUGAUCUGUGAUACAGCAAUGGGAGUGUCCAUAAAUGCUAUGGAGAAUCGUAACUCUUCUAUAGUUCAGGCUUUCAAGGACAUUUGCUACAAUAUUAAUAUGAGAGCCUUUAAUCCUCUGAAGCGCAAUGAGUGGCUCUAUCGCCUUGCUCCUGACUACCCUGCCUACAGCCGGACUCUCAAAACACUUAGAGACUUCACCAAUGAGAUAAUUGACAAGCGAAUUGAGGCCCAUAAGUCCGGUUCCGUGACAACAAGCCAAGGCGAUGAAUUCUCCCGUAAAAAGAUGGCUUUUCUGGACACCCUUCUAUCGUCCACCAUCGACGGUCGUCCUUUGAACUCAACCGAGCUGUACGAGGAAGUGUCCACCUUUAUGUUCGAAGGACAUGACACCACAACUUCAGGAGUUUCCUUUGCAGUCUACUUGCUUUCCAGACAUCCUGACGAACAGAAAAAAUUGUUUGCUGAGCAAUGCGAGGUAAUGGGCACUUCGGAACUAAACCGGGAUGCCACCUAUCAGGAAAUCGCUCAAAUGAAGUACUUGGAUCUCUACAUAAAGGAGGCUCAGCGAGUGUAUCCCAGUGUACCAUUUAUUGGUCGUUAUACAGACAAAGACUACGAGAUUGACGGAAAACUUGUGCCCAAGGGCUCCACCCUGAAUUUAGGAAUCGUAAUGCUUGGUUACAAUGACAAAGUAUUCAAGGAUCCCCUGAAGUUCUCUCCCGAGCGCUUUGAACAGCAGAAGCCAGGACCCUUUGAGUAUGUUCCUUUCAGUGCCGGUCCACGAAACUGUAUUGGCCAAAAGUUUGCCCUACUGGAAAUCAAGACAGUAGUCUCCAAAAUCAUCCGAAACUUUAAAGUACUCCCUGCCCUGGAUGAACUUGUCUCCAAGGAUGGCUAUAUCAGCACAUCUGUAGGAUUGCCUCCUGCGGAGAGGGCAAAGCGGGAGGAGCAUCGUCACAAAUACGAUCCCAUUUUGUCUGCUGUUUUGACCUUAAAGUCUGAAAAUGGCUUGCAUAUCCGUUUGAAAGAGCGAAAUUGAAAAACUCUGUUAUGCCAACUCACAUCUACUACGUAUGAAGAAGGCUUAGGUUUUUGUUAAGCUUAUUUUCGAUCCCAAAACAGGUACUUGGAAAGAAAUGUUCGUUCUCGUUUUUUCUCCCAAAAGAAAUAAUUAAUAAUGAAGUGUUAAUUAAAAAAGUAGAACAAAUAAACAUUGAAAUGAUUUAUA